CGGCGGGUGCAGCCUGCGCAGAUCCCGGCCGGCGCCGAGCGGCAGCGGGAGCGGACCCCGGGCGCACGCCGCAGUCUCACCGCAGCCCCGCGGCAGCCGCUGACCCGCCACCAUGGCCCGCGGAAAAGCCAAGGAGGAGGGCGGCUGGAAGAAAUUCAUUUGGAACUCGGAGAAGAAGGAGUUUCUGGGCAGGACCGGCGGCAGCUGGUUUAAGAUCCUUCUGUUCUACUUGAUCUUUUACGGCUGCCUGGCCGGCAUCUUCAUCGGGACCAUCCAGGUGCUGCUGCUCACCAUCAGUGAAUUUAAGCCCACCUACCAGGACCGCGUGGCCCCGCCAGGACUCACACAGGUUCCUCAGAUCCAAAAGACCGAGAUCUCCUUCCACCCCACCAAGCCCGAGAGCUACGAGCCGUACGUGCUGAACAUUGUCCGCUUCCUGGAGAAGUACAAGGACUCCGCGCAGAAGGAUGACAUGAUUUUUGAAGACUGUGGCAGUGUGCCCAGCGACUACAAAGACCGAGGCGCCUACGACAGUGACCCCGGCGAGCGGAAGGUCUGCAGGUUCAAGCUCGAGUGGCUGGGCAACUGCUCCGGAAUAAAUGACGAGUCGUUCGGCUACAAGGAGGGCAAGCCCUGUGUCAUCAUAAAGCUCAACCGCAUCCUGGGCUUCAAACCCAAGCCUCCCAAGAAUGUGACCAUGGAGAGUCUUCAAAUGGUGAAGUACAGCCCCUAUGUCCUGCCCGUCCAGUGCACCGGCAAGCGGGACGAGGACAAGGAUAAAGUUGGGAACAUAGAGUACUUCGGCCUGGCCAACUACCCCGGCUUCCCGCUGCAGUACUACCCCUACUACGGCAAGCUGCUGCAGCCCAAGUACCUGCAGCCCCUGCUGGCCGUGCAGUUCACCAACCUCACCAUGGACACGGAGGUCCGCGUCGAGUGUAGGGCGUACGGGGAGAACAUUGGGUACAGUGAGAAAGACCGCUUUCAGGGACGCUUUGAUGUAAAGAUUGAAGUUAAGAGCUGAUCACAAGCACAAAUCUUUCCCACUAGCCAUUUAAAGAGUUAAGAAAAAGAUACAAAAAACCUACUAGUCUUGAACAAACUGUCAUACGUAUGGGACCUACACUUAAUCUCUAUGCUUUACACUAGCUUUCCGCAUUUCAUAGGUUAGAAUGUAAAUUUAAAGUGUAGCAAUAGCAACAAAAUAUUUAUUCUACUGUAAAUGACAAAAGAAAAAAAUACAAAUUGAGCCUUGGGACGUGCCCAUUUUUACUGUAAAUUAUGAUUCCAUACUGACCUGGUGAGCAGCGUUCCUGCCCCGAGCAUUGCUGCGUGCGCAUUUCAGUUCGUGCGCGUCCCGUCCCGUGGGCGCGCACGCCGGUCAUUUUCAAGCCAUGUUUUAUCGUAUCUGUUUUCUACUUUCUGUGAGCAAGUUUGCUGUCCAAGGUGUGAAUAUGCAACGGGAAUGAAACUGGCAUGGUACUUCUGGGGGCGGGGGGGUUGGCUCUUUCAAAGACCCACCUGCGAGCGUUUUCACACACUCCAUAGUCUUUCCUGUGGUGUCAGGUCUUAUUCCCCGGGGCGGGGGCUGUCGUGGGGAGGGGGGGCUGCCCUUUGAGUUUUAAUGGCACUACAGAGAGGCACGGACGGGGAGGGUGUGUUGUGCUGUAGGGAACGCUGGCCUGCCCUCGCCCUGUCCCCGCGCUCUGACGCCGGAGGAGAGCGGGCUCGCCCUCGCCGGCCGGGAUCAGCCCAGGUGUUUGCUUUGAGCGUUUUCCUUUCCUUUCUCUGAGGCAUCACGUGCUGGUGCUGUGUCUUCAUGAAUGUGUUAACCAUUGUCAUGGUGGAAGAAUUUUAUAUUUAUGCAGUUGUACAAUUUUAUUUUUUUUUUCUGCAAGAAGAAGUGUAAUGUAUGAAAUAAACCAAAGUCACUUGUUUGAAAAAUAAACCUUUAUUUUGGACUUUAUAAAAGCAACGCAGUAGCCCAUAGACGGUGUCCGUGUUGUCCGCAGCCAAUCCAUGUCCCCGUGUGUACUAGCGCAGGACUGCAGUGCUCUUGUUGAUCUUGUACUCGGUCAGGUUCAAACAGUGGACAAUAAAAGAAUGAACGUG